AGCUUUAUUUUCUCAAUAGUUGCCAAAAUUCUCAUAUUACAAUAUUCUAUGUUUACAAGUACUGUACAAAAUUCCACUUUACACAAAGUAUUACACAUGAAAAAUGUGAAAUAUUCGUACAAAUAUUUCAAUAACUUUCAUUUUUGUCAUAUUUUCAUAGUCAAGUCUUUGUACUUUGUAUUCAAAUGUAGAUUAUUGAUAAUUGACGUAUAAAUUAAAAAGAACAUUUCAUGAUUGACUAUAGAUAUUAAAUAAUUAAUAACGUCAAAUUAGUUGAUAUUCGAUGCCUCUCGGCAGUAAACCUGAAUGUGUCAAGUGUGGGACUCGAGAGACCCCGCUUUGGCAUUCAACGGAAGCCGGUAACCUUUGCAAUGAUUGCCUAGAAGAAGAAAGAACUUCCGAAGCAAAUUCAAAUGUAAAAAAUGAAGAUGAAGAUAAAGGAGGUUCAUUAAAACCUACUAGAAGAAGUACGAGGAUUACGAGAUAUUGUAAUUCUAAAUCAAUUCCACAUAAAAUUAUACCGAAGGGUAAAGGAAGAAGAAAUUUAUUCAAAAAAACUCCAGUUAAAGCACCAACAGCUACAGCAACCCCUGUUACAAGUAAUUAUGUAUUUUAUAGAGGCACUUAUUUUCAAGUAGGUGAUAUAGUUUCAAUGCAAGAUAUUGAUGGAGGAAUUUAUUAUGCACAAAUUCGUGGUUUACUCACAGACCAAUAUUGUGAAAAAAGUGCUGCUGUUACUUGGCUUUUACCUACUAGUGCAAGUCCACCACCUGAUGAAGGAUUUAGUCCUGAAACAUAUAUUAUAGGACCAGAAGAAGAUCUCCCACGUAAAUUGGAAUGUAUGGAAUUUGUAAUGCAUGCUCCAUCAGAUUAUUACAAACUAAAAAAUACAUCAUAUCCACCACCACUUACAGAAAGGGGUACUGGAUAUAUAUGGACUACACUUAGAAAUGAAAUUGUUACAUCUAAAAAGUAAAAAUAAAUUUUUGUUUUUAAUUUAUUAUGGAAUCUUUUAUAUUAAUAUGUAUAUUAAUUAAUUGCUUAUAUUGAAUAUAAAAAAUUUGGUGUUGAAAUAUAAAACAAUAAUUAAUGUAAAUAUGUAUAAUUAAUAAUUUUUAAGAAAUGAAUGUUGUCAUGAAUUACUGUAAUAUUUAUUAUAUCAUUUUUGUUUCAUACAAUAUAAUUUUAUUAUUAA